AUGGCUCAUCACAACAACUACAUCAUGGUCUUUGUUAUGGCCCUCUUCCUAGUCCUCCAAGACGCCGUCGUGCUCUCUGCCACCAUCAAACCAUCCCCAGACCAGUACAAGGGAAAAUCUUCAGCCGAGACUGCUGGAACGGACCUCAGGAUUAUGGCUGCACUAGAGGCAUCUGUUGGCGCAGGUGCGGCGACCAUGGCGAGUGGUGCUGGACCACUCUCAACACCAAUCCAGAAAUGGCGACCGGGCUACUUGUAA